UUGAAUGUGUGAUUAAUUUCAGUCUUGUCUGAUAUUUAUCACAAGUGUUUUUAUAUUAUGUGUUUGUGUUUGAUUUGAUGCAGCAGCAGCUGUUGUGCUCUGUGGACAGAUGCAGGUGUUUCUCAGGUCACACACCUGCAUUUAGGUUUAAGUUAGGAAAGACGUUUAGGGUUUAGUAAACCUGUGCGUUUUGUUUCAGAUUAAAGAGAAGAGCAAAGUCCUUUAACGUUCAGUAACUAUAAAAAUAAUAUAAUGACCAGUGGGUUUUGCUAUUUUUAUAAAUAUGUAAAAUUCUAGCUACUGAAAUUGAUUCGCAGAUGGUUUAGAUCUCAUAUGCUUGCAUUUUAACUACCUGAGUUUACGCUUUUAACUGAACGUCUUGACGUCUUGUACAAUGUGUUGGUUAAAGUAUAUAGAGGUCUUCAAAAUGCCUAUUAUGAAACGGAUCACAAUUUAAAUACUAACAACAGUGCAUUGCAAAAUCACCCUAAACGUUGUCACUUUGCAUGCUGAAAUAUGACUUUUUGACUUAUUAAAAUCAUACGUUUUGUAUGUGCAAUAGUCUGAAUAGAGCUGCUAUUUCUUUGGUAACAAAACUGAAAAUGUGUUUUUUUUCCGAAAAGUCUCCUGAUUUUUCCUUGAUGUUUUCUGUUUCGUCUGACUCAUUCUCUGAUAGGCUGUCAGUAAUUGGUUCAUUGGCCCCACACACUGCAGGCCCUCCUUUCUGCGUGACACAUGAAGAACAGAAAGGAAAACACAGACACACAGUUGACAGCUCACACACAGACCCCCAAGGAUGACCCUCUCUUGCAUCUGCUUUUGUUUGCUCGUAUGGCUGGCAGCGGCUGUGAUCCCCACCUUCCAAGCUACGCCGUUUGUUCUCUACACUAAAAUCAAUAAUUCGGAAACUCUGACCUGCGAAUGUCCAGAUCACGCCUGCCAGGAGGUGUUUUGGUACCGAUACCUUGAUAGGACAAAGACUCUUCAGUUCCUCCUGUAUAUCAACAGCGCUGGCCGAGAGCAACAUGGAGAAUUUAACGACACUCGCUUCAAGGGCUCCGUGUCCUCUGGACAGAAGGUGAUCUACACCCUGCGUAUAACAGGACUACAGGAGAAUGACAUCGGCCUCUAUUCCUGCAUGUUUAAAACUAAAAAUUUGAUGCCUGUCGGACAUUACGUAAUGCCUGGAGUAAAUCCUCCAACAACGCCGCGAACAGUAACGACCCAGAAACCAAGAAAGAUCUGUAAUUGCAAACCCCCCAGCUCUCCUAAAGGCUGUGAACAAUCGGUGCUUUGGCCGGCGUUAGGUACUCUCCUGCUUUUGGCCAUUACACUUGCAGGCACUCUUUACUACUUCAGUCGUCUACCUAAGAAGUGCAGACAUCGAUUUGCCAAGACGAAUGCGUUGCGAUGAGCUGGGAGAACACACUCUUCAUCGCCAAACAAAUGUGGUCUUUUUCUCUCCAAAGUGUGGACGUGUACAAGUCUUUGAAAUUUUGUCACGGCUUUACAAAUAUCAACUAUAUUGGGUUUGAGAAUGUAAAAAAAAUGUGUAAAUAAAAAAUGCCUAAAAUUUUCACAGUUCAGUGUUCAUCGGAUAUAUUCAAGCUACUGUCCAUUGUCUAACCUGACUGAGUUAAACUAGAGCUGUACAGUUUUCUAAUUAUGAUGUUUUAUCUCACAUGCUGUCAUUUUAUGCUUUUGGUGUUGUGCUCAUUAAAUAGUUAUUCCAGUCAUGUUUAAAUUGUAUUUUUGAGU